CUCUUGAAAGGCUUCGCCGCCAUCUUGUAUUGCUGAGCAUUUUCUUUUCACUGUGAAGACGUGUGACACAAAAUUCGUGAAAAUUCACACCCAAAAAGGUGAUUAAAGUUCAUUUUGUCAUUGGAAAAACCAUCAUAACAACGCACUGAUGAAGUAAUCCUGGGUGUUAGUCCGAGCGACCAGAAGCGUCUGGAAGGGUGCCAGCAAAGAAGCGAAGCCACCGCAGAAUCAGUGCGUGUUUUAUUGCCUUGGAGUGUGUUUGGGAAGCAGAAGACAAGGACUUUGAAUUUCUUGUGAGUAAAUUUGUGAGAAGAGUUUUUGUGGCGAGAUGGCAAAGGAGAUUGGUGAGGAGUAUCUGUCCAGUUUGGCGGAUUUGAACGUCAACAGUAAACCCCUCAUUAACAUGCUGACCAUCAUCGCGGAGGAGAACAUCGAGCACGCUGAAGUGAUUGUUAAGGCUGUUGAGCACCAUCUGGCUAAGGUGAAUCCUGAUAUAAAAUUGCCCGUGCUGUAUUUAAUUGAUUCAAUUGUAAAGAACGUGGGAAGAGAUUACAAAGCUCUCUUCAGUCAAUACAUCGUUAAUAUGUUUUGUGGAGUUUUUGAAAAGGUGAAUGAGAAAGUCAGAGAGAAAAUGUUUGCUCUUCGGCAGACAUGGAAUGAAGUAUUUUCACAGCAAAAACUUUACACGCUAGACGUCAAAAUUAACUGUAUGGAUCCAGGAUGGCCAAUUACCGCCAAAGUCAAGAGUCCAGCCAUUCAUCUCAAUCCAAAUUUUCUCAAAAAUAAGGCCGCUGGUGAUCCAAAGCUGACGGAGAUGGCAAAGCUAAGUGAGAUGCAAUCACAGCUGCGGGACAAACAGAGGGAAUUACUGGAGUUGCAGAAGCACAAAUUGGAGCUGGAACUCGUAGCUACGAGGCAGAGGAUUGAGGAAGAGGAGAAGAAGAUUAAUUUACAAACAGCAAGUGUCAAAAUGGUGAAUCCACCGCCAAUUAUGAUUCCUCCAAGUGUUUCUGUUCCACCACCAAAUUCCAUGGGCUUCCUGCCACGUCCAGGCACUUUCCCUUCUGUCAUGCCACCUCAUACUAGGCCACCGAUCACAGCUACUGCCACAAUUGCUCCAUUCGGUCCCAUGCCUCCUAUUCCCAUGGCUGGAAAGACUCGAGUAGCUCCUGUCAAUCCCGCUCUUGUGUCCAGUGUUCAGAUGCGCGAUCCACGGCUGGUGCGACAGAUGCAACAGCAAAUGGCCCGGGCGGCUGAAGCAUCUUCCUCUGUGCGUUUCCCUGGACCUGGAAUUGGUGUUGGUGGUGGUGGUGGUGGUCCAGGUGGGAACAAGGGGAAGAUGAUGGAGGCGAGAGGAGGAACUAUGAAGAGUAUCAGUGGGAGUCGGAAGGUUAUAACGAAUAAGGAGAAUAAAUCACGAUCAACAUCAUCAUCAUCAUCAUCAUCACAUGGGAAAUCACAGUCAACGAGUAAAGUUUCGUCGUCGUCGUCAUCGUCUUCGUCGAAGUCAGGAGGGAAGAGUAGUUCGACAUCACCAAAGGGCAAAGAGAAGUCAUCAGCGUCGUCCAAAGAGCGUACAAGACGAGAUUCGUCGAGUAGUUCGUCAUCGGGAAAGGGUGGAAAGCACAGGAGAUCUCAUAGUGGAGAUCGUGCAAAGAGUGAGAAGAAGGAGCAUCCGCAGGUACCGGUGGUCGGUGAGAAAUCACCGAAGAGGCUGAAGGAAGCACCACCUGAAGUGGAGGAAGCAGUAGCUGUGCCAAGUACUUCGAGUAAUGUUCCCAAUGCCAGUAUCUUCAAAGAUAUGAAGCUGGCACCGGGAACGAGGAGUUUCCUGAAGCAACCUGCGAGGACGACUAAGAGUCCAACUCCUCCAGCUCCGCCCACAAUGACAACAACCACAACAACAACAACAUCGACUGCUGAGACUUCUCAAGUGCCUGCAUCUUGCGUGGCUGAUGUGGAUCUGAGGAUUUCGGCGCCAGCAAAACUUAUCGAAUCAACUCCCGUUGCAGAGAAAGCACCGCCGGUCGAACAGCCACAAUCAAGUGAGAAUAGUGAGAAGCAGCCUGAGGUGAAAGUAUCUAGUGAAACCGACGAGAAAAAUGAUUCCUUUGCAGAGAAAAUAAUUGAUGCCUCACUUACGGAUGUGGAUUUGAGACAAUUUCCAAGUGGUGGGGUCAAUGAUGCCCAAACUGGAGCAAGUGCCACUCAAGCAACUGUACAGAAUGCUGAAGAAGUCAAGGCGACGAAUGAUGUGCCUGCCACUGGAACGAAACGUGCCAUUGAAGAGGAAGAAGAGGUCCCGGUGACGAGUAAGAAGAGUAAAAGUGAUAAGCUGGAUGUGCUAUUUGGAUCACAGGAUAUGGAUUUGAGGACAUUGGGAGCAAUUAAAGCGGCCAGUGAAGCUGAACCUCUUACUCCUCCGCCACCACCAAUUAUUUCAAACGAGACUGAAUCCAAUUGGGCCAAACUUAAGCCAAAAACUUUCGGAAACUCAAUAAGUAGAAAGACCAAACGUAGUGAGAUAAACCGAAAUUCCAAACCAUUGCAGGGUGAUACGCCGAAGAAACAGAAUCAGUUGAAGGCCAGUUUGGCGGCGAUUAGGGCAAAAUUGGCUGAAGCCACAAAGCCAAAGAAGCCACCAGUUCAGAUCACAGAGAUUUUGGAGAGAAAACGCAAACUUCCUAAUAAAUUUGCAAAUGCCACUCCUGUGGAAACUUCUGCUGAAACUGUGGCCAGUAAAACGGAAAUUUUGGCUGAGGAAUCAUCAUCACAGGAUGCCAAUGAUGCUAGUAUCAAGAUAAUUGUGGCUCAGGCACAGGAGCAAUUGGACAAUGAAUCGAUCGAUCAGGAGCAGUACAAUAGUAUGAUGAAGCAGGUGAUGCAGCUCAAUGAGACGCACAAGAUGAAAGAGGCGCAGAAGAGGGAGGCAGGAGAUGAUGCAGCAAGGAGAAAAUUGAGGCAUCAGAUGAUCAAGAGGAAGUCACCAGAUCCCACAACACCGACCAUUGAGUCAAGCUUUGCAACUACAACAGCUGCAGAUUUGAGAAGAAGUGAAAAUGCUAGACCUAGUGUCUGGGAUACUUCAGCUCCGUGGCAGAAUGCCUUUGCUGCCAGUGCUCACAUGAUUAAUCCAUUGGCCAACAAUUUACAACAUGCGUGGAACAAUCCAUUGGCACCUUUUGGCAAUUUUUCAGCUGCUCAGAAUGUUGCUGAAGUUCUGCAGCAGCAGCAACAGCAAUUGGCUCUGGCCACUCAAGUCAAACAGACCAAUAUGUUAACCAUUAAGAUUGACAAUGUACCUCGAGAGAUUAGAUUCUACGAUGAUAUUGCCAUUGCCUUUAUGAAUUGGGAUCAUCCCAAGGAAAUUGGUUUUCAGGCUGGUCAGAGACGCAUCACAUGCGACGACAAAUACUCCACUGUGCUCAGUUUCAAUGCCACCAAUACUCCAUGGACUAUCGAUGGCGUAACUUAUCAAAUUCGACUGGGAUGUCCAACGAGAGAAUUGUACAUUGACAACAAAUGGUACGAAUGCUUUUUCAAUGAUCCAAUUCGAGUGGAAUUGAAUGGUGUUAUGAGGACCAUAAAAAUUGAUGGUCCACCACCUCAGGUCCGUAUUGGAUCGUUGAGGACGGAUUUGGUUGUGGGAAAGAUAAAUGUGAUCAUUGAUGCCGUUCUCUUCAUUCCGGUUUUUCUGGACGGCAAUGAGCAACAAUUUGAAAUUGAUGGACAAGUGCAUACACUUCAAUUUGCUGACUUUCUCCUUACUGUGAUUAUCAAUGGGAUACCAUCUCCCGUUGUCUUUGGCGGUCUGCCCAAGAGUUACGAUUUGCGUGGUCAAAAGCACUUUAUUCGCUUUACGGCCCUUCCGGCUGGUGUUGUACCUGGCAAGUGCUUCAUCAGGAAUAUGAUUCGUACGACACUUCAGACAGAUUUGGAGUCCCCGCCACCGCCAAGUUCAGCGACAACAGCAGCUGCUGCUUUGGCAGCGGCAGCAGCUGAGAAUCCUAGUCUUCAGGGUCCCAUUGGUGUUGCUAAGGAAGAAGAUGGGGAACUGACUAAUAAUGCCCAAGCUAAUCCAGAUGUCGAGGUUCCAGCUGCAACAGCUGACGAUGCAGUUACUGACGUGCAAAAGCCAAAAGAUGGCGAAAAGGCACCAGUACUCAAUGUCAAUAUUGAUGAUCUCUUCCAAAAACUCUUGGCUUCGGGAAUUUUGGCUGGUGGUCAGUCGACUUUGGAGAAAUCUUCUAGAGACUCAAAAUCUCGUCAUGAACAUUCUGAACAUAAAUCCCGAUCGUCAAAGGAGAAAGCUGUUAAGCCAGUUAGUUUGUCUCGGCCGGAAACCAUCAAAACUCGCCAAUCGGCCAUUGUUCAUCAACUUUUCUCAGGAAUGCAAUGUUCCAGUUGCGGUGUUCGUUUCCCGCCGGAGCAGACAAUGAAGUACAGCCAGCAUCUGGAUUGGCACUUUAGGCAGAAUCGCAGGGAUAGAGAUUCAGCCAGAAAGGCACAUUCCAGAAAAUGGUAUUACGAUGUGGCUGAUUGGAUUCAGUACGAGGAAAUUGAGGAUCUUGAAGAGAGAGAGAAAAACUGGUUUGAAACGCAACAACUGGAGUUGGAUGCUGGUCAGGAGGAUUCAAAUCAGCGUGGUGGAGCUGAUUCGCCAGUUCCUAGUUGCCUGGCACUGCCAGAUGAUUCAAAUCGCAUCUGUGAUGUCUGCCAUGAUCCCUUUGAGCAGUUCUACAACGAAGAAACGGAAGAGUGGCACCUGAGGCCAGCAAUUCGCGUUGAAGAUCGUACCUACCAUCCACUCUGCUAUGCAGACUAUCAAGCAUCCCUGACGCUCAGUGAGAGUAAAUUGUCCGAGAGUCAGGAGGAUGAAACAGCAGCUAAUGAUACAGCUGAUGAUGAUGACGUAAAGAUGGUGGAAGAUGAUGAAGUUGUGAUUGUGAAGCAGGAAAAGAUUGAUGAUGAGGCAGCUGAGAAGGAAAGAAUUCUAAGACUUGGUCUUGUGCCCAAUGGAGAUAAGCCAACAAUUGUUCCGGGAUUGGAUGCUGAGGAUGAUGAUGUGAUUGAAGUGGCACCACUUGAGCCAACAAUCACAGAAAUUCUCGAUGAUGAUGAUGAUGAUGAACAACAGCAGAAUUCCGAAAAGGAAAAUUCCAGUACAGAAAAAUCUCCAACAAAAUCCACUUCAGCUCAAUUUGAGGAGUCUGAUGUGGAAAUUCAAGAGCCUCAUAUUCCUAUUCAGGAUUUGGAUGAGAUUGAGGAUGAGGAGCCGACGGAGAAUCAAACUCCGGCAGAGGAGGCUCCAGCUAAAGAGCCAUUGGUGGUGAAGAUCAAGGAGGAACCAAAGGAUGAUGGAUACAACGAGGAUGACGCUUUUAUGGAUGUGGGAACGUCUUUUGAUCCCAAUGAGGAGAUGAUCAUCGACGAGGAAACCCUCGAUGAACGUCCACCGGGAACGGAAUUGCAAAAUGGACAGGAUGGCGACAAGAAAGCGGAAGGUGCUUCACAGGAUGCAGAUUCAGCUGCUGCUGUUAUUGUUGUUUCGUCCGAAGCUGUUGCUCCAGCGAAGACGGCAACGGGAUCCGAGGUGCCGCAGAUGAUUGCGACGAUUGACGGGAAUGUGGAGAUGCAGGAAGCUCCAAGUACAACAUCAACCAACAAGAUUAGAAUAAACAUUUCCAAUUCUGUUGUAGUUGGCAAUAAACCGCAAAGUUCAAUAAACAAUGUGAGCGACCCUUGUCGUGAUGGCGCCCAAGAGUCCACCGAGGGCGUCACCGAGAAUCUUCUCAAGCCCUCGACGGUCAAACAGAGCCUCAAGGGGCACAAUCUCCGAACAAAUGCACCCUUUGCCAAUGGCUUUGAAACAUCGGGGCUCUGCUCCAUCAUGUAACUCCCCUUCUUGUCCUUUGUUUUUUUUUCUUUUAAUUUUUUGUGCCCCUUCUGAUGAAGGCCACGAGAGCAAGUGUGAUAUUAUCGAGUAAAUAAACGACUAUAUAGACUUUAGUGAAUAAAAAAAUUAGCUAAAACCCACUUCAAUCCCCAACAGUUAAGAUAUUUUGUACAUAAAAGAGCCUCGAAGAAGUUCAAUAAAGGAAACAGAAACCUCCCUUUUUUUCACUUACAUCAUGGUCUUUUGCUCUUUGUUUGCAACAAUUAGUUUGUAGAAAUUGAAUUCGUGUAACAAGUUUAUAAAAAUGAAAUGGUGUGAAUAAAGGAUUAUUCCCAAAAUGCAAAGAAA